CUUGACUGUGAGUGAGCGACGGCGAUUCUCGCAGUCAACGAAAACGGUGAGCCAACCAAACAGAGCAGAGUGUAGUCUUGCCUCACUGCCAACAAUGUGCAUAUGGUUAACAAACAGCAGCACUUGACACCAAACUAGGAUCUUAGCUCAACAAAAGAACGAGUCGACGCGACAUUAUGAAAUUAGCCGAUAACAACCAACGCAAAAAACGAAUCAGCCGCAAAGAACAAAAGGCUCGGAAAAAACAACGCUGUCAAAGCGGGCCAGACAAAACCUUUUCACCAUCGGAACACUCGGCAGAAUCAGCAACAGCUGUGUCAAGCCCUGUGCCUAGUCUCGAAGACCCGGAUGAUUCUUACAUUCCGACACCGAUUCCUACGUACGAUCAGCUACGUGCUCAACACAAGGCCAAGCCCCUCGGAAAAUGGUUUCCGAAAGCGAUGGUACUCAAAUCGACCCUUCCCGAGAAUCUAUCCUCUAAGGCGAGUCUCGUUCUGUUUUACCAGUACAUUAAUCCGGCUUGGCCCGAGUCGGUAGUACAGACACUGAUGGGAUUUCUAUAUGAACUUGCCCAGCGGAGAACGUUGGGCGGGCGCAUCCGUGUGGCCCCCGAAGGCGUUAACGCCACCAUUUCCUCCGUCGACACGGAAAAUUCGACUGCUGCUACGACGUUGCGACAUUUCGCCCGAGAUUUGCAACGAUUCCAUGAAGGUUUUCUACAAACCGAUUUCAAAUUCAUUGAUGGUUUGUCGACGGACCGACACUUUACCAAUUUCAAAAUGUUCCCCGUGCAGGAACUCGUCUUUUACGGACUCUCCAGUGAACAAGCACCCCUCAGUAAAGGUGGUGUUCAUUUAGAGCCAAACGAGUUUCAUAAACGUUUGGAAGAUGAGGGCACCGUUGUUGUUGACGUCCGGAACCACUACGAAGCCCUGAUUGGUAGGUUCAAUGGCCAAGAGCAGCAGAAUGAAAAAGGAGCGGCUGAAUACGUCGACCCCAUGAUGCGCAAAUCUACCGAUUUUUCGUCUUGGUUGGAGAGACCUGGGACGCAAGAAAGGUUACGAGGGAAGCAGGUGCUCUUAUAUUGUACUGGCGGCGUGCGCUGCGAACGAGCAUCAGCCUAUCUGAACCAGAAAAUGGGAUCGAAUUUGAAGGGAGUAUAUCAACUGAGAGGUGGUAUCGAACGCUACUUGCAAGCCUUCCCGGAUGGGGGCCACUGGCGAGGGAAGAAUUUCGUCUUUGACAAGCGCGAAGCGGUAGGCGUGGACAACCCCGAUGGUGACGGUGGGAUUGUGCGGAAAGGAAUGAAGCCGAUCCAGAUCGAGACGCAGUGCUGCAUCUGUCAUAAGCCAUGGGAUCGAUACAUAGGUAAAAAGAAAUGCGAAACCUGUGGCGUUCCUGUCUUAAUGUGUGAUUCGUGCAUGUCAUCAAUCAAAAAACGAAAUCCGAAACCUCUCGUUCGCUGUCCGUUAUGCAUUGAGGAAAAUGUGACAGUCCGGGCGGAAGAGGUUGAAUACACCAAUAAUGGCGUCAACGUGACGGCGUCGACAAAUACGUCAGAGGCAAAAGGAAAGAUGGCACCAUCGAUUUUGAAAUGGGGCGGUGGUCAUGCCUCGCAAAAGAAAGACAAGCGACGGUUCCAGGGUAAGCCGUGUCGAUUUGGCGCGGAGUGCAGUAGGCCUGACUGUUUCUUUGCCCAUCCGUCAGAGCGGUGUGAGAGCAAAUCAAAGUUAACUCUUCAUAAAGCAUAA